AUGAAGAACAAUAGGGUUCAAAUCAAGAAGAUUUAUGAUAAGAUCAGGGCUCAGGGUCCUAAAGUUUCCUGGAAAAGGAUCAUCUGUAAUAAUAAUGCAACCCCUAGGAGUGUUUUUGUCUUAUGGCUUGCCAAUUGGAAUAUGUUACUUACAAAGGAUAGAAUCCUCAAAUGGAAUCCUGUCUGUGACCCUGUUUGUUUGCUGUAUUUCAACCAUGAAGUUGACUGGGAAAUUAAAAACUAUAGAAGGUCGAAUUCUAACAGCAAGCUUCAUCUGACGUUUCUGGCAGAAGCUGUUUACAACAUUUGGAUCCAGAGAAACAAUACUAUGUUCAAUGGAAUCUGUGAGCCUGCUGAUAAUGUGUUCAGGAAUGUUUUGUUUCCUGAGUGUUUAGCUUUGAAGGCUAGUUGUGUUGUGGUUUGUUUGUUUUGUCCUGCUCCUCUGGUCUGGUUCAGCCCUCCUAGAGGGUAG